CUCCGAUGUGGUGGCCUCAGGCGAAACCACCACAGCCCACAGUCCCACAUCUUCGAGAUGCCACGCUGCACUCGAAGGGGAGCUAGGUUGCCCAAUUUCCGCAACGUCAAUCCCAUUCCUGACGCAUGCGUGCUCUGUAACGACCAAAACAUCUCUCUGCCUGCAUCAAGAGCCUUGGUUUGGCUUCCUUCUUUAAUCGCUAGAAGCUUAGGCUUCACCUCCAGCCACCCAAGAUGACAUCCUCCUCGGGUAUGCUCACCAAGUUCGAGUCCAAGUCUUCGCGUGCAAAGGGUAUCGCAUUCCACCCUAAACGGCCAUGGAUCCUCGUCUCCCUCCACUCUUCGACGAUCCAAUUGUGGGAUUAUCGUAUGGGAACUCUCAUUGAUCGAUUCGAAGAGCACGAUGGGCCCGUCCGAGGUGUCGAUUUCCACAACACACAACCCCUCUUCGUCUCAGGGGGUGACGAUUAUAAGAUCAAGGUCUGGUCAUACCAGAGUCGGCGGUGUCUCUUCACGUUGAACGGUCACCUUGAUUACAUCCGAACUGUAUUCUUCCACCACGAGUUGCCAUGGAUUGUCUCCGCCUCCGACGACCAGACCAUCAGGAUAUGGAACUGGCAGAACCGAUCUUUGCUAUGCACCAUGACCGGCCAUAACCAUUACGCCAUGUGCGCACAGUUCCACCCGAAGGACGACCUCGUCGUCUCAGCCUCGCUCGAUCAAUCGGUUCGUGUCUGGGAUAUCUCGGGCUUGCGGAAGAAGCAUAGUGCGCCCACGUCCAUGACCUAUGAGGACCAGAUGGCCCGCCAGAAUGCUCAGACAGACAUGUUUGGAAAUACCGACGCUGUUGUCAAGUUCGUCCUGGAGGGCCACGAUAGGGGCGUCAACUGGGUCGCCUUCCACCCAACCAUGCCACUCAUCGUCUCGGCUGGCGACGAUCGGCUUGUUAAGUUGUGGCGAAUGAGCGAGACGAAGGCAUGGGAAGUUGAUACCUGCAGAGGGCAUUUCCAGAAUGCCAGUGGGUGUCUGUUCCACCCGCAUCAGGAUCUCAUACUAUCUGCCGGUGAGGAUAAGACGAUUCGUGUGUGGGACUUGAACAAGAGAACAUUGGUGCAGACCUUCAAGAGGGAAAAUGACCGGUUCUGGGUCAUUGCUGCACAUCCCGAGAUCAACCUGUUUGCCGCCGGCCACGACAAUGGAGUUAUGGUCUUCAAGCUUGAGCGAGAGCGGCCUGCGUCGGCGGUCUACCAGAACUCACUGUUCUACAUCACCAAGGAGAAGCAUGUUCGGUCUUACGAUUUCCAGAAGAGCGUCGAGAGCCCCACCCUUCUGUCGCUCAAGAAGCUUGGCAGCCCCUGGAUUCCGCCUCGCACCCUCUCAUACAACCCGGCUGAGAGAUCUGUCCUGGUCACUUCGUCCGCCGAUGGUGGCUGUUACGAGUUGAUCAAUCUCCCUCGCGACGGCUCUGGAGCUAUCGAGCCGGCCGAGUCCAAGCGCGGCCAGGGUAAUUCGGCCAUCUUUGUUGCUCGUAACCGCUUCGCAGUUCUCAACACAUCCUCCCAGACUAUCGAUAUCAAGGACUUGUCCAACAGCACCACACGAUCCUUCAAGCCUCCGGUCGGCACCACCGAUAUUUACUUCGGCGGGACGGGCAACCUGCUUAUUAUCACCCCCACUGCCGUGCAUCUCUACGAUAUCCAGCAGAAGAAGAGUGUCGCCGAGCUCGCUGUCAACGGGGUGAAGUAUGUUGUGUGGUCGAACGAUGGAUUGUACGCCGCACUCCUCAGCAAGCAUAACGUCACCAUCGUCACCAAGACCCUGGAGCAAGUGAGCACCCUUCACGAGACCAUUCGUAUCAAGAGCGCAACCUGGGAUGAUGCUGGCAUCCUGCUUUACUCGACCCUCAACCAUGUCAAGUACACCCUCCUGAACGGCGAUAGCGGCAUCGUGCGGACGCUCGACCAGACGGUCUACCUAGUUCGUGUCAAGGGCCGAAACGUCUAUUGCCUAGACAGGGCUGCGAAGCCGAAAGUCCUGCAUAUCGACCCAACCGAGUAUCGGUUCAAGCUUGCCUUGGUCAAGCGCAACUACGAGGAGAUGCUUCACAUCAUCCAGACCUCUAGUCUCGUUGGGCAGUCCAUCAUCUCGUACCUCCAGAAGAAGGGGUAUCCCGAGAUUGCCCUGCAAUUUGUGCAGGACCCCACCACACGUUUCGAGCUUGCUAUUGAAUGCGGAAACUUGGACGUUGCCGUCGAGAUGGCUAAAGAGUUGGAUCGGCCCAAGUUGUGGGGUCGACUCAGCACCGAGGCGCUGGCCCAUGGUAACCACCAAGUCGUCGAGAUGUGCUACCAGAAGCUCAAGCAAUUCGACAAGCUCUCCUUCCUCUACCUUGCCACUGGCGAGAGCGCCAAGCUUAGUAGGAUGGCCAAGAUUGCCGAGCACCGCGGCGACUUCACAGCCCGGUUCCAAAACGCCCUGUUCCUAGGAGAAGUAGAAGACAGGAUGCAGAUGUUCACCGAGAUCGACUUAUAUCCCCUGGCAUACAUGACUGCCAAGUCUCACGGCCUAGAGCAGGAAUGCGAGGCGAUCCUCGAGGCGAGUGGCUUGACCGAGGACCAGCUGACAAUGCCGACACUUGGUGAACCUUUCACACCGCCCAAACCUGUUGUGCCCACCUACAAGGCCAACUGGCCGACAAAGGCGACGUCACAGUCCUUCUUUGAGAAGGCAUUACUCGGCCAGGUUGAAGGGUUAUCACUCGAAGGCGAGCCAGCGGCAGCGGCGAAUGGAUUCGGCUUGGAUGAAGCAGCCGAAGACGAUGGCGCCGCGAACCGGAAUGGCGGUCUUGAGGCCGACGAGGAUGAAGAUGCAGCAGGAUGGGAUAUGGGCGAAGACAUCGUUCCAGAAGUCGAGGAAGGCUUUGUCAAUGUGGACAGCACGGAAGCCGGCGGUGCAGGAAGCAGCGAGGCCGACUUGUGGGCACGGAACUCUCCCUUGGCUGUCGACCACGCAGCUGGUGGAUCAUUCGAGUCGGCCAUGCAACUCCUCAACAGGCAAGUCGGCGCCGUCAACUUUGCGCCUCUCAAACCUCGCUUCCUGGAGGUGUACCAGGCUUCCAAGACCUACCUGCCAGCGUCAGCCGGCUUGCCACCUCUUGUGAACUACGUACGCCGGACUAUCGAGGAGACUGAUCCUAGGAAGGUCCUCCCCGUCAUCCCUCGCGACCUCGAGUACCUCGCGAGUAAUGAUCUCCAGCGUGGUUACGAUGCCAUGAAGGCCAACAAGCUCGAGGAUGGCGUAGGGAUCUUCAAGAGUAUCCUCCAUGCGGUGCUCAUCAAUGCCGUUUCCAGCGAGACCGAAGUCGCCGAGGCCAAGAAGUUGAUUGCAUCGGCGGGCGAGUACGCGGUCGCUAUGGCUAUUGAACUAGGACGCCGAAAGCUUGGUGCUCCCGACGUCGUCAACAAGACACCUGAGUUGCUGAAGCGAAGCUUGGAACUGUCAGCAUACUUCACCAUCCCCAAGAUCGAAGUGCCGCACCGGCAGCUCGCGCUUCUCAAUGCCAUGAACCUGGCGAUGCGAAGCAAGAACUACAACUCGGCGCUCAGCUUCGCGAACCGGAUAUUAGCGAAUGGCGGUGCCAACAAGAUCUUGGAUAACGCUAAGAAGACCAAGGCUCAAUGCGAGCGGAACCCGCACGACGCGGUGGAGAUCGAGUUCGACCAGUUCGCCGAGUUCGAGGUCUGCGCAGCCAGCCACACGCCUAUCUACAGCGGGACACCGUUCGAGGAAUGUGCGUUCGACGGGUCCAAGUACCACACCAAGUACAAGGGCACGGUGUGUGUAGUGUGCGAUGUUUGCGAGAUCGGGAAGCAUGGCAGCGGGCUGAAGCUGUUUGCCUGAAAACAAAUGUGUUCGGAGUUGUAAUGAUGGCAUAACUUAGAUGAAUCUGCUGCGUUUUUAUGACGGGUCAGGUUUCCCUGAAAGGCCUCGGGUCGAAAAGGUGGUCGGGGGCGAGAUAAAAGCCAGAGUCCUAGAUCAGCUUAUCCCAUACGGAUGUUUUUUGUCUGUCUCGAGUUUGAUGCCAUGGGAGUUACCGGACCAUGUCGGCUAGUGCUUGUGCAAGAGUAAAAGCCUGAUAGCAUGGCAGCAUCCCAGCUAGCUUGACGGGGUCAGACACCUGAUUCCCAUUCUCCGAUAGAUAUCUAUGGUCUAGUAUUAGUGUACAGCUUCAACCGCCAUACCCUGCCUCAACAGGGAUGCAGCCUGAUGCCUCAAGCCUCAAGCCCU